AUGCUCUCUCUCUCUCGCUUUCUUUCUUUCUUUCUUUCUUUCUUUCUUUCUCCAAAUAAACAUUUCAUCUAUCUAUCUAUCUAUCUAUCUAUCUAUCUAUCUAUCUAUCUAUCUCUAUUUCAUCAUUAUCUAUCUAUUCCUAUUUUAUCACUAUCUAUCUAUCUAUCUAUCUAUCUAUCUAUCUAUCUAUCUAUCUAUCUAUCUCAAAUUUGUGUUCUUGUUUUUCUUUCUUUCUUCUUCUUCUUCUUCUUUUUUUUUCUUCUUUUUCUUUUUUUCUUCUUUUUCUUCUUUUUUCUUCUUUUUCUUCUUUUUUCUUCUUUUUUCUUUCUCUUUUUCUCUUUCUUCUUUUUCUUUUUUCUUUUUCUACUUUUUCUUCUUCUUUUUCUUCUUCUUCUUCUUCUUCUUUUUCUUCUUCAUGUUCUUCUCCUUCAUUUACUGUUCCACAUCUUUACAUGUACAUCUACCUUUAAUUUAAAUCAUUUUGCUUUCUUUCUUUCUUUCUUUCUUUCUCACGCUGUUCUUUUCUUUCUUUCUUUUUUAUACUCUGUUAACUUCUUUCUUUCUUUCUUUCUUUUUUUCUUUCUUUCUUUCUUUCUUACGCUGUUCAUUUCAUUCCUUCUUUCUUUUUUAUACUCUGUUCAUUUCUUUCUUUCUUUCUUUCUUUCUUUCUUUUUCUGA